UAAGACUUGUGGUUCUUUUAUUGGAUGUUCUUGUGGAGAUGGGGGUAUCGUCUCAUUCGCUUUUUGCAUAUCGUAUUAGUUACAAAUAAUUUCUGUUUAUCCCAUAAAGAUUUUAUCAUUUUGAGACUUUCAUGUAUACCUUAUUAUCCAGUGAUAAGAUCUCUAUCUAAUUUUGGUUCCUCAAUGCUAUUUUUUCUCAAGAAAAGGUAGUCGAUAUUGGCAUAGAUACUCAUUAUUGGAAAGAUGUAUUGGCUACAUGGAAUUGUUGAUAGUGACCUUGCUUGUAAAACUGGUGGGCAUUCGAAUAGGCAUGAGUAACAAUUUCUUCAGGUUCUCCACAUCUUAAGCAAUAAUCAUCGCAUCGAAAAUAAUAUGUUGUUUUAUUUGCAUCAUAAAACGUUGUUUAUUUGCAAAUAACACGUUGAAUAAUAUAAAAGGUAAUAUACAUGAAAAAAAUAUUUUUGUUUUAUUAUUAUCAUUAUAGAAUAUACUAUAUAUAAUAGCAAAUAUGUUUUUGUUUCCCGCCGUCAUCAUUUUAUAGAAUUUUUUUUUAUCUUCUGGUUGAGUUUAUCACAAUUUUGUAAUCUAUGGACAAGCUCUUUUUCGUUUAUAAGAUUCGACGUCAUCAAAUUGUUUUAGCAAAGUAUGUAUCCAUCUUUGAUGUACCAUUUUACAUGCCUCUUUUUUUUCUGAACAAUACAGCCUUUCAUACGUCCCUUUUAAUUUUUGAACGACACAUCCUUUCACAUAUCUCUUUAAAUUUCCGUACAAUCUGCCUUUUCACAUGCUUCUUUUAAUACAUAAAAGACCUAUAUAUCCUUUCACAUUCCUAUUUAUUUUUCUGAACAAAGCACUUUUAUUUAAUAGAUACAUUGAAGUGUUUUGUUAUCUUAAAUGCACACCACCAUCAUUGUCUAUAUAUAAUAUCAAACAUAUUUUGCUCUUCGUUGGCGUAAUCAUUUUUGUAGGACAAAAAGUUAAUCCAACUGUUGAGUUUACCACAAUUUAUUAUUGGUUUAUAGUUUGUUAUUAGGUUAUGAAAUUUUUCGCCUAUAUUAGGCAGCAUUCCGAACCGGUUUGAUUACCAAUAGUUAUAUGAAGAGCUCCAUAAACGAAUAUACACAAUUCUUCUUUGAAUAUAUGUGAACAUAUGAAAUUCUUCAUAAAAUAUAUGUGAUUAUUCAUUGAACAUAUGUGACUCCUAACAUAGUGUUUCUCAGUUAUAUAUAUAUGAUAUAUUGCAAGGAGAAGAAGUUACAAUUGUUCAUAACAAGAAUAUUUCUAAAGAGAGAGAUAGAGAGUACAGAUAUUUUAGAGAGAGAAAACUCUGAGGAAUCAAGAAAAAAGUACUUUAACGGGGACAAGUGGUUGAUUUCCAUAUCUGAUUUCUUCCCGACUCUUAUAUAUAAACGCACUAAAUCAUAUUCAUCUCUAUGCUAAGGUAUGUGUUCGGUUUAUACACUUCUGAAUUUAGAUAUUUUACAAUGGCAUCAGAAUGAGAGAGGCAAAUAUGUCGUGAGAGACCUCUUAAUUUCUCAUGAACACCACCUUUAUUUUCAAAUUAGUGAGAUAUCUGGAUUUUACCCUUCAUUUUAUCAUCUUCAUCAUUCCUUCGUAGAAAUAUUUCUCUCUGCAUUUUUGUUAUCUCCAAUCUCACAGUUGAUAUGGUACAACUUUGAUCUCCCUUGCAUGAGACAUCGAACUGGUUUGUUGCCACCUCUUGUGGAUUUUUUUUUCUAAUUUAUGUUUGGUUUGCGCCCAUAUUAUGCAGCAUACCAAACCGGUUUGAUUAACUAAUUGUUAUAUAAAUAGCACAAUAAACGAACAUACACACAAUUCUUUGUUGAAUGUAUGUGAACAUACGCAAAUCUUCUUGAAUAUAUGUGAUUCUUCAUUGAACAUAAUAUCUCUUAAUUGUUUGUAUAUAUGAGACAUUGCAAGGAGAAGAAAUCAUAUUUAUUCAUAACAAGAGUAUAAAUAUUUUAGAGAGAUAAAAACUUCUCAACAAAAGGGCAUUAAAACAGCUACAAGUGGUUGAUUUCCAUCACUGAUUUUUUCCGGCUUGCAUUUGUUUUCUAAUCGUAUUAAGUCAUAUUUAUCGUUAAACCAUGAUAAGAUACAUGUUCAGUUUUCUAGUAUAAUAAAAUAAUAGUUAUAAAAGGAUAUAAAUAGGGAAAUAUGAUUAAAAUUGUGGUAUGUAGAAAAAUCGAAUUUUUUAUUUUAUUACUCAUAAUACAAUAUAAUAAUUAAUUACAAAAGUAAAAAUAUAGAAUACAUGUUUUAAAAUAUUUGUAGUUAUAUGAAAAUAGUUUUAUUUUGUUUUGUUACUAUCAUAAUAUAAUAGGUAUAAAAUCUGUAGUAUAUAGGAAAACAAUUUUUUAUUACUAUCAUUUUACAGUGGCUAAUUAAUUAUAAGGUAAUCUAAAGGAAACAAAUACCGUAAAAUACAAAGUCAAAUGAAAAGAAUCUCAGAGAAGAAAGACCAAAGAGAAACAUUGAAUUUGGCGUGGUCAUACGUCUUUAAGUUCAUUCUCAUCCUCAUCAUAUGUAUCUCUCUCUACCUCUCUUCUUCUUCGAACACAUCCUACUCUCUCCGAUCAGGUCUUUACUUUCUCUCUGCAGCCUCUCAUAUUACUCUAGUUUUCUCUCCUAUUGUCUAAAAUGUUGAUAAUAUCUUUUAUAUUUGAAUUUUCAUCUCUUAGAUCUUGAUUUCUUGUUGUAGUCUUUGAUUCGUAGAUUGCCUUCUUAGAUUCAAUGCGUUUGUUGUUUGUUUCUCAACUGCAGAAACUUCAUUCGAGAAUGAGUCAGGAAGACAGCCAAGCUAAAUUAUCACAUGAUGGCGAGAAACACUGGAUGUAUUUGAAGCCUGUUCGUCUAUACGACAUGCUUCUAUGUCACUCUCCAAGCAAACCACGGUUUCUUCGGAGAAACUUGAACUACAAAAAUCAAGAAAAGGGCGAGACAAGGUCCGCAUCUGCUGGGAUGGUAGUUUUCAACUUUAAGGACUUUGAUAACACAGUGCAGAAAACUCAAGUUACGAAGAAUUGCUCUUGUCCCUUUUGCUAUAUGCUAUGUGCUAACUUCAAGGGGCUGCAACUUCAUUUGAAUUCAUUUCAUGAAUUACUUGAAUUUGAGUUCAUGACUUCUGAAGAAAACCAGACAGUUAAUGUCUCUGUAAGACUUGAUGCUUUCAAAACCAAGGACCAACGAAACAUUCGAGAAAAAUUUGGGGAUCUCUCCUUUUGCUCAAAACCUUUCAAGCGUACACAAGUAGGUGGUAGAAAUAUCCCCAAGCGGCUUAAUGUAACCAUUUUACCAAUGGAUCCUCCCUUUUUAGCCGAUGACACAGAAACUGGAACCUCCCUGCUGAACAAUGGAAAUCCUGUGGCAAUGAUGAAUGUACCAGACAUAGGUCAAUCUUCUGGCUCUGGUGCUAGAGAAUCUGAGGGCCCUGCUGCUAAGACUGAGAAUUUUUCUUCCAGCAUCUCACUUCUCCAGACACGCCAGUUCUAUCAUUCUCGCACACUUCAGAUGAUUGAUGAUUUGGAGGAUGUGAGCCCGACUGAAAAAGAUUUCAUGCAUCUUUGGAACUCAUUUGUAAGAUAUCAAAGGGUGAUCACUGAUGGUCAGGUUCCUUGGGCAUGUGAAGCGUUUUCAAAGUUUCACAAGAAAGAGUUUAUCGAAUCCAAACCACUCCACUCAUGCUGGAGAAUGUUUAUGAUCAAACUGUGGGAUUAUGGGCUUGUAGACGCUGUCACCAUCAAUAAGUGCAAUCUCAUAAUUGAGGAUAGCGAAGAUGAUCAUUCAGUCAACACCAACAACAAUAACAGUGUAGAUUAUGGUAUUGACCUCAACAGAAAUGAUACGAUGGAUGUUGACCAUAACGGAGUGGAUCUUGGCAUUGGCCUAGGGAGGAACACUGCGAUGGAUGUUAACAAUAACAAUGUGGAUCGUGGCAUUGAUCUGAACCUUACGAUGAAUGUUAACCCUAGCAAUGUGGAUCGUGGCAUUGACCUAAAUAGAAACGAUGUGAUGGAUGCUGACGAGGAUGUCAAUGACAGUUCAUAUCUCUCUCUCUCUUUAUCUCUCUAAAUUGUUUAGGACAAUGUAGACUUUUUAAUCUUCAAACUGAUAGAGACAUUAAACAAAAUUUGUUUCUUCUUUCUUUUAC